CCCAAUCAUUCACCCCCGCGCGGCCUCCUCGCCUUCCUGUCUCUCCCCUUCUCCCCUCCCUUUCCGCUGCAGCUGGGUAGGGUUUAGCGGUGGCUGAGGGAGGUCUCGGCGGCAUGGCGCCGUCCAAGGGGGAGCGGCGGGGCGGCGACCCGGCCGAGGGGGAGGACGAGUAUUCGGCCAGCGUCGGCCGCUGCGCCAGAUCCGGCGGCAUCUGCCCGACCCGGCGCCACGCGGACGACGAGGCCAGGUCAGCCGCUCGUACACCUGCGGUGAGGGCGGCGGGCGAGGGCGGGAGCCGGACGCUUGAGAGGCGCGUCGUGCCGGGGGAGAUGCGCGGAAAGGGCGCGGCCGCCGAUGUCAUCCAGGAGGCGUUGCCGACGUGCGGGUGCCACAUCGAGCGCUGCCGUCACCACGACGCGGUUCCCCGUCGACGCCCUGUACGGGUCGACGACGGCGAGGGCACGUCCGUGGCCGGCGCUGAGGAGGCCGUGCGGACGUGCGGGAGCUACACCGACACCCCGCCCCGACGCCCUACACCGGUCAGCACGUCGACGGCUCUCGGCAUCAAGGGCGGCCGCGGAGGGCGGGGCCUGAAGAACAAGCGCGACGAGAUGCCCGUGGAGGUGAGCCGCGACGGAGUGCACUCAGACGGCUUCGAAGAGUCGGUCGCGCGGUGCGGCUUCCGAAACCCGAGCCUGGUGCGGCGGUGUGCCACGCCGCCACGGAGGGACUCGACGCGGUGCGCGCAGAUGGGGGCCUGCAUUCCGGUGGCAGUUGGACGGGGUCGCGGCCACAAGGACACCCACGACGACUACUACGGCACCUCGAGGCCACGGGCUGCGGAGCUCCAUGCCCCCACUGCAGAUCUGCGCGCAGAGGGUUUUAAGAAUUCCUCCAACAGCUCAAAGGGCCUAGGCCUAGUGCAGAAGAUAGACAACGACUAUUAUACUGAGGGAGUUUCUCAGGUGUUUCUACAUCUCUGUGGCACAACCAUUUCUCAUCAGGAAAAUCUGUACACUUCAAAUGUGAAUAUGUUAAUGAAGGUGGCAUGUGAUAAAGUGGGUGUAAAAUCCAAGGAUUUUUACUCAAUUUAUUGUGGAAAAGUGUUGGAUCCUGAGCAACUUCUAUCCUAUUAUCAGAUAAACAAGGAUUCAAAAAUCAUAAUUAAUCCAAGACUCAGAGGUGGCUGUUCCUCAAACUGGGAUGCAAUAAUUAGUGGUUUGGGUCUCUUCCGCUUGCACACCGUGUCUUUACGACGAGCACUAGUUCUCCCGUCCCUGGCCAAGCUAGGUCCAGUAGUAGAGGUGAAGUACUUGGGAGAAGUUUUGCAAUUCUGUUCUCGAAAGGUCUUGAUCUAUUUAUGCAGAAGGCAUUUCAGUGGGAUAUGCUUUGGAGGACAAUUUACUUCAGAGCAAAUUUUGUUUGAUGAGGACGGGAAUGCCCGAAUCAAUGCUACCCGGCAUCCAUACACCAAAAGAUUGGCUGUUCUUGACUACAACAGACUAUAUGACAUAUUUGACAAAGCGUUUAAAUAUGAAGGCAACAGAUACCCUAUGCAUACCUUAAAUUUGCUUAGUUUUCUGCAAGGUCCUCCUCCUGAAAUUGACCCCCAAAGCGAGUCCAUCAUCGCAUACUUGACCAAUCACAUGGCACUCUUGUCCCACACCGAGCGUAUUGCUAUCAGCGCUCUUCUGGAUCUCUUGGUUGAAAGACUUGAUAAGGAAGAUAAGAAGCUGCUCAAAACUUACAUGAAGUUUGUUAAAUGGACUGUUAGGGUGCCAUGGGUUCCAGCAAUGAACACCACUUACAACCACUUUAAAUUUAUUAGGAAAGGGAAAAAAUGUGUCCCGUAUAAGGAUAACAGAAUCAGUUUACUCCGUUUUUCUACAAACUUCUUCAAGCAUUCCCCAAGUUUCUCUCCAGAGGAACUAGAGGCUGCGUUCUCUUUAGUCAUGGAAUGGGAGAGUUUCAUACCGCAGCUGGUGUACGAUGCUCUAGUAACUUUUAAAGAUGCACAGAAACCCUGCACUGCCAAAGUCCAGGAAUUUGUGGACCAAGUUAUUGCGAUGCUCGGAAAGAACACAAUUGGUUGUACCAAGGGUUGAGUUUUCUGAGCCGAAGAAAGGUGAUCUUUUGAAUGGAGAAGACGCAUCAAGCGCAUGUAGGGUUGUCUCCCUUUUGUUGCCAUUUGUUUCUUGUGUUGGUUUGGUGGACCUGUGGUGUACGUUGGAGCUUCGUUUUUCUUUUUU